GGAACUGACAUCAGCUCAACACAGACCGAAGACAGACAGCAAUACAAUCUGAUUAUAUCACAAGUGAGAAAACCACUACGCGAAAAAUGUAUCCACAAAGGACUGAGGACCACAUUAUCCACACAGGGCGUACGGAUCGCGGUUUCACAGAAAACCGCUACACUAAAAAGUUCCAACCAGGGUUGAGGAUCGGGUCUCCGAGGUUGAGGAUACCGUAUCCGGGGUUGAGGAUCGCGUCUCCGGGCUUGAGGAUCGCGUCUCCGAGGUUGAGGAUCGCGUCUCCGAGGUUGAGGAUCGCGUCUCCGGGGCUGAGGAGUGUGGGUUUGAAUAAGUCGGGUUUGAAUAGGUCGGGUUUGAAUAGUGCGGUUUCAUGAUCAGCAUAUAUAUAUAAGUGUCGUCUCACUUCUCUGGUGCUCGGUUGCCUCCUGAACGGUCAACUCGCGUAUCUGGAAAGCGAUAACGACGUUGAGGAUCGCGUCUCCGGGGUUGAGGAUCGCGUCUCCGAGGUUGAGGAUCGCGUCUCCGGGCUUGAGGAUCGCGUCUCCGAGGUUGAGGAUCGCGUCUCCGGGGCUGAGGAGUGUGGGUUUGAAUAAGUCGGGUUUGAAUAGGGCGGGUUUGAAUAGUGCGGUCUCAUGAUCAGCAUAUAUAUAUAAGUGUCGUCUCACUUCUCUGGUGCUCGGUUGCUUCCUGAACGGUCAACUCGCGUAUCUGGAAAGCGAUAACGACGUUGAGGAUCGCGUCUCCGGGGUUGAGGAUCGCGUCUCCGAGGUUGAGGAUACCAUCUCCGGGGUUGAGGAUCGCGUCUCCGAGGUUGAGGAUCGCGUCUCCGGGGCUGGGGAGUGCAGGUUUGAAUAGAGCGGGUUUGAAUAGAGCGGGUUUGAAUAGUGCGGUCUCCCCUGGGCUGAAGAUCAGCAUAUAUAUAUAUAAGUGUCGUCUCACUUCUCUGGUGCUCGGUUGCCUCCUGAACGGUCAACUCGCGUAUCUGGAAAGCGAUAACGACAUCGGAAGACGAAGAUUUCAACACCACGGAAGAAAGGAGCUGCAGGGAUUGCUUUAGAGAGACACAGAGUGCAACAGUGGUAACAAGGCCUUUGAUUAAGGAACAAUACACAAUGGAGCCCUCACAGCUCACCAACAUACCAUACCUUUGGAUUCUUCGUGAAGUUCAACUAGAGCAAAAGCAGCUUCUGGAGGCCCUGAUGCAAGCACAGGCAGAAACCCAACAGAUGUUCCAGACCAUCAUACAGAGAGUGGGAUUUGAAGCUCGCAAGAAAGCUGUCUUGCAGUGGUCAGAGCAACAUCGUCAGCGGUUUCGCUCCUUGAUCCUCAGUGAUGUCGGCAACCCAUUUGCAUUUGCACAACAGCUCCAAGACAAUUGUCAGAAGUGGUUGCUGGCUGAGGAUCAAGAUGCCCGAAGGAUUGUAGAGCGGGUGGUAAUGGAGCAGUUUGUCGCCCAACUUCCAGAAGUAACAGCCAAGUGGGUCCAGCACCAACAACCAGCAACACUAAAUGAGGCUAUCCAAUUGGCAGAGAAUCACCUGGGAUAUCUCUCUCUCCCCUUCAACAUCUAUCUGAGUGAAGCAAUUCUUAAGGCAUGCUGGGUGAAGCGGUCAGAGCAACAUCGCCAGAGGUUCCGCUCCUUGACCCUCAGUGACGUCGGCCACCUACUUGUGCUCGCACAACAGCUCCAAGACAACUGUGAGAAGUGGUUGCUGGCUGAGGAUCAUGACGCUGGAAGGAUUGUGGAACGGGUGGUAAUGGAGCAGUUUAUUAACCAGCUUCCAGAACAGACAGCCCACUGGGUUCAGCACCACCAACCGGCAACAAUAAAUGAGGCUAUCCAAUUGGCGGUGAACCACCUGCCGUCUUUUGCUGUUUCUGCCCCUUAACAUGUCCCCAGUUUGGGGUAUUGGAAUAAAAAACAAAAAAAAAAACAGACGUAAUUCGUGACAUGUUAAUCAGCCUAAUAUUUUAUUUCGGACUCAAAAUCCUUAUUUCUACAAUAUUUAUUUUAUUAUUUAUCUAUAAAACAGAAACAAACAUCCGAAUACCAUUAUUUAUGUAUGCGUGUAUUUAUUUUAUUUAAUUUUAUUUGUUUAUUGAUUUUCUUGAGCGGGGAAUUGUAAUCCAGUGGUUGUAACAUCUGUAUUGUCCUCAUAAUGGAGGGCGGUGUUUCUUCAGUCUGCAUCAUGUCCAGCUAAUGACAGUUCAUGGAUCUUAAACAAAGUGAAAACCUGUCUGUAAAAUUCCUUGUUACAAAACCCUAUUACAUAUAUAUAUAUUUAAAAAAAAUAUUGUCAUGUUUAGCAGUUGCAUGAUAUUUUUUAAUUAGUGCAGUUAAAAGGUGUUAAAAUACUUAAACAGUCUCCUGUAAUCACUUGGUUAAAACUUUUCUUGCAUGUCUUCACGGGUGUGUAUCUCUGUGUGUGCUGGAUGACGAUAACGUGCUGUAUUUAAAUGCUUUAUUCAGAUCUUCCACAAUAAAUCCCGGUUGAAGCAGCA